ACAAGAAAUAUCCAUCAGCUACAGUCAGUCCCAGUCGUUCCCUCAUUUCACAAUGUCACAUCGUGUUUGGAGCUGUCUGUCUCUGUGGCUGGUCGUCAUGCUCAUUAUUCGAGCCCGGGCAGAGUUCUACUCGUCUGUGGACACCAUGCAGGAGCUGGCACAACUGGAGUUGGAGCUGCUGAAUGCCACGCGUUCCUAUCUGAUGGCCCAGCAGCAGCAGACUAAUUUAUUCCGCAGAUUUUUAGAACAGCUGAAGCAAGAACAUGACAUGGCCAUGGAUCUGAUAGAUCUCGAUGAGUAUCUGGGGCAUCCACUGCACGCCUUCAGGCUGAUAAAGCGACUGGUCUACGAUUGGGAUGCCUUGCACACUCCGUUGGUGGAAAACAAACCCAGAGAAGACUACCGCCAGGUGGUGGAUAACCUGUCCAAAGAAGUCGGCUUCCCCGAUCUGUCGGAGCUUCAGGGUGCCGUCAAAGGCGUGCUACGACUACAGACGGUCUACAAUUUCACCGCCGCGAACCUGGCCGAUGGCAUCAUCAACGGCUUCUUCUACGACUCCGAAAUGAAUUGGCGAGAGUGCUACGAGAUUGGGGUACAGCUCUUUGAUUUGGGAGAACAUCAGCGCUCCUUGGAGUGGCUCCAAGUUGCGUUCAACCUCCUCCGGACCAGUCCCGAGAUGGGGGAAGAAGGGAAGUCCCAGUUCAUAGCUGACAUCAAGGAAUAUGUGGCCUUGGCAAACUUUGAGCUAGAAAAUCCCAAGCUAGCUGUCAGACUUUUGGAGAAGGUACUGCAAACCGAACCCACGCAUCCCGCACGGCACACACGAAUUUAUAUGGAACACAGGGAUUUGGCGGAGACCAGGCAGCAGAAACAAGAGCCCUCGUGGUUCGCCAACUACACGAGGCUCUGUCAGGGCAGAAGAUUUCCCGAGAAGGGAAAUGGAAUUCCACUACGUUGCUUCCUCGAUGGCAAUAGACACGCGUACUUCACCCUCGCUCCCCUACAGGUGGAGCAGGUGCAUCUGGACCCCGACAUCAACGUGUAUCACGGGAUUCUGAGCCUCGAUCAAAUCGAUUCCAUAUUCGAGGAGGCGGACAAGCUUGAAAUGACACGCUCUGGGGUGGCAGGAACCGGUGGAACGCGAACUGUAGUCGAUCUUCGAGUCAGCCAGCAGACGUGGCUCGACUACGAGAGUCCCAUAAUGAAGUCCAUCGCUCGCCUUGUGGCAUUCAUAUCCGGCUUCGACAUUGCCGGGGCCGAGUCCAUGCAGGUGGCCAACUACGGCGUGGGCGGACAGUACGAGCCCCAUCCGGACUACUUUGAGGUCAACCUACCGACUGAUUACAAAGGAGAUCGCAUCUCCACCAGCAUGUUCUAUCUCUCUGACGUGGAACAGGGCGGCUACACGGUCUUCACCAAGCUAAAUGUCUUCCUGCCUCCCAUCAAGGGUGCUCUGGUCAUGUGGCACAACCUGCAUCGCUCACUGGAAGUGGAUCCGCGCACCUACCAUGCCGGCUGUCCUGUGAUCAUUGGCUCCAAGCGCAUUGGAAACAUUUGGAUGCACUCGGGCUACCAGGAGUUCCGCAGGCCAUGCAACCUCACCUCGGAUAGCUUCAAGUCCGUGGCAUAUCGGGAAUGAGUGGGUUUUCGUCUCUUAAUAAACUAGUAUCUUAUUUUAAUGAGUGUUUGAGUAGUUUUCAGUUUUCAGUCAAAGUUUUUGUAGUGUAAAGAGACUAGAUGGUUCCGCUGAAGACCGCAGGGCCGCACACGAUCCUGAUUGCGCUCGCGGAUCCACACAUU